ACUACUACAGCUCCAACCACCACAACUACUGCCCCAACCACAACUACUGCACCAACCACGACAACUACUGCCCCAACCACAACUACUACUGCCCAAACCACAACUACUACAGCUCCAACCACAACAACUACUGCCCCAAUCACAACAACUACUGCCCCAACCACGACAACUACUGCCCCAACCACAACUACUACUGCACCAGCCACGACAACUACUGCUCCAACCACGACAACUACUGCCCCAACCACAACUACUACUUCUCCAACUACGACAACUACUGCACCAACCACGACAACUACUGCACCAACAACUACUACUGCCCCAACCACAACUACUACAGCUCCAACCACAACAACUACUGCUCCAACCACAACAACUACUGCCCCAACCACAACAACUACUGCCCCAACCACAACUACUACUUCUCCAACUACGACAACUACUGCACCAACCACGACAACUACUGCACCAACAACUACUACUGCCCCAACCACAACUACUACAGCUCCAACCACAACAACUACUGCUCCAACCACAACAACUACUGCCCCAACCACAACAACUACUGCCCCAACCACAACAACUACUGCCCCAACCACAACUACUACAGCUCUAACCACAACAACUACUGCACCAACUACAACAACUACUGCUCCAACCACCACAACUACUGCCCCAACCACAACUACUGCACCAACCACGACAACUACUGCCCCAACAACAACUACUACAGCUCCAACCACAACAACUACUGCCCCAACUACAACUACUAGUGCACCAACCACUACAACAACUGCACCAACCACAACAACUACUGCACCAACCACAACUACUGCCCCAACCACAACUACUACAGCUCCAACCACAACAACUACUGCCCUAACCACAACUACUACAGCUCUAACCACAACAACUACUGCCCCAACUACAACUGCACCAACCACAACAACUACUGCCCAAACCACAACAACUACUGCCCCAACUACAACUACACCAACUACAACAACUACUGCUCCAACCACAACAACUACUGCUCCAACCACAACAACUACUGCACCAACCACAACAACUACUGCACCAACCACGACAACUACUGCACCAACAACUACUACUGCCCCAACCACAACUACUACUGCACCAACUACAACAACUACUGCCCCAACCACAACUACUACAGCUCCAACCACAACAACUACUGCCCCAACCACAACUACUACUGCCUCAACCACAACUACUGCACCAACCACAACUACUGCACCAACCACGACAACUACUGCCCCAACCACAACUACUACUGCCCCAACCACAACUACUACUGCUCCAACCACAACAACUACUGCACCAACCACAACAACUACUGCACCAACCACGACAACUACUGCACCAACAACUACUACUGCCCCAACCACAACUACUACAGCUCCAACCACAACUACUGCUCCAACCACAACAACUACUGCCCCAACCACAACUACUACUGCACCAACUACAACAACUACUGCACCAACCACGACAAUUACUGCCCCAACCACAACUACUACUGCACCAACCACGACAACUACUGCUCCAACCACGACAACUACUGCCCCAACUACAACUACUACUGCACCAACUACAACAACUACUGCUCCAACCACCACAACUACUGCACCAACCACAACUACUACUUCGCCAACUACGACAACUACUGCACCAACCACGACAACUACUGCACCAACAACUACUACUGCCCCAACCACAACUACUACAGCUCCAACCACAACAACUACUGCUCCAACCACAACAACUACUGCCCCAACCACAACUACUACUGCACCAACAACUACUACUGCCCCAACCACAACAACUACUACUCCAACUACAACUACUACUGCACCAACUACAACAACUACUGCUCCAACCACCACAACUACUGCACCAACCACGACAACUACUGCCCCAACCACAACUACUACUGCCCAAACCACAACUACAGCUCCAACCACAACAACUACUGCCCCAACCACAACUACUACAGCUCCAACCACAACAACUACUGCCCCAACUACAACUACUACUGCACCAACCACUACAACAACUGCACCAACCACAACAACUACUGCACCAACCACAACAACUACUGCCCCAACCACAACAACUACUGCCCCAACCACAACUACUACAGCUCCAACCACAACAACUACUGCCCUAACCACAACUACUACAGCUCUAACCACAACAACUACUGCCCCAACUACAACUGCACCAACCACAACAACUACUGCCCAAACCACAACUACUACAGCUCCAACCACAACAACUACUGCCCCAACUACAACUACACCAACUACAACAACUACUGCUCCAACCACAACAACUACUGCUCCAACCACAACAACUACUGCACCAACCACAACAACUACUGCACCAACCACGACAACUACUGCACCAACAACUACUACUGCCCCAACCACAACUACUACUGCACCAACUACAACAACUACUGCCCCAACCACAACUACUACAGCUCCAACCACAACAACUACUGCCCCAACCACAACUACUACUGCUCCAACCACCACAACUACUGCCCCAACCACAACUACUGCACCAACCAUGACAACUACUGCCCCAACCACAACUACUACUGCCCCAACCACAACUACUGCACCAACCACGACAACUACUGCCCCAACCACAACUACUACUGCCCAAACCACAACUACUACAGCUCCAACCACAACAACUACUGCCCUAACCACAACAACUACUGCCCCAACCACAACUACUACUGCUCCAACCACAACAACUACUGCCCCAACCACAACUACUACUGCACCAACUACAACAACUACUGCACCAACCACGACAACUACUGCCCCAACCACAACUACUACUGCACCAACCACGACAACUACUGCUCCAACCACGACAACUACUGCCCCAACUACAACUACUACUGCACCAACUACAACAACUACUGCUCCAACCACCACAACUACUGCACCAACCACAACUACUACUUCUCCAACUACGACAACUACUGCACCAACCACGACAACUACUGCACCAACAACUACUACUGCCCCAACCACAACUACUACAGCUCCAACCACAACAACUACUGCUCCAACCACAACAACUACUGCCCCAACCACAACAACUACUACUUCUCCAACCACAACUACUACUGCCCCAACUACAACUACUACUGCACCAACUACAACUACUGCUCCAACCACCACAACUACUGCCCCAACCACAACUACUGCACCAACCACGACAACUACUGCCCCAACCACAACUACUGCACCAACCACGACAACUACUGCCCCAACCACAACUACUACUGCCCAAACCACAACUACUACAGCUCCAACCACAACAACUACUGCCCCAACCACAACUACUACUGCUCCAACCACAACAACUACUGCCCCAACCACAACUACUACUGCACCAACUACAACAACUACUGCACCAACCACGACAACUACUGCCCCAACCACAACUACUACUGCCCCAACUACAACUACUACUGCACCAACUACAACUACUACUGCACCAACCACGACAACUACUGCCCCAACCACAACUACUGCUUCUCCAACUACAACAACUACUGCACCAACCACGACAACUACUGCCCCAACCACAACUACUACUUCUCCAACAACCACAACAACUACUGCUCCAACCACCACAACUACUACUGCACCAACUACAACAACUACUGCUCCAACCACCACAACUACUGCCCCAACCACAACUACUGCACCAACCACGACAACUACUGCCCCAACCACAACUACUACUGCCCAAACCACAACUACUACAGCUCCAACCACAACAACUACUGCCCCAACCACAACAACUACUGCCCCAACCACAACUACUACUGCUCCAACCACAACAACUACUGCCCCAACCACAACUACUACUACUACUACUGCCCCAACUACAACUACUACUGCACCAACUACAACAACUACUGCCCCAACCACCACAACUACUGCCCCAACCACAACUACUACUGCUCCAACCACAACAACUACUGCACCAACAACUACUACUGCCCCAACCACAACUACUACAGCUCCAACCACAACAACUACUGCUCCAACCACAACAACUACUGCUCCAACUACAACUACUACUGCACCAACUACAACAACUACUGCUCCAACCACCACAACUACUGCCCCAACCACAACUACUGCACCAACCACGACAACUACUGCCCCAACCACAACUACUACUGCCCAAACCACAACUACUACAGCUCCAACCACAACAACUACUGCCCCAACCACAACAACUACUGCCCCAACCACAACUACUACUGCACCGACGACAACUACUGCUUCAACCACAACAACUACUGCCCCAACUACAACUACUACUGCACCAACUACAACAACUACUGCUCCAACCACCACAACUACUGCACCAACCACAACUACUACUUCUCCAACUACAACAACUACUGCACCAACCACGACAACUACUGCCCCAACCACAACUACUACUUCUCCAACCACAACAACUACUGCACCAACCACGACAACUACUGCCCCAACCACAACUACUACAGCUCCAACCACGACAACUACUGCCCCAACCACAACUACUACUGCUCCAACCACAACAACUACUGCCCCAACUACAACUACUACUGCACCAACUACAACAACUACUGCUCCAACCACGACAACUACUGCACCAACUACAACUGCACCAACCACAACAACUACUGCACCAACCACGACAACUACUGCCCCAACCACAACUACUACUGCCCCAACCACAACUACUACAUAUAAGGGCUGGAAAAUUUAG